AUGGCCAUCGCUCAGCUGCAGCUCUCAGACAGAAAGUCAAGAGAAACACUUACAAACAUUUGCUCAAGUCGCCUUCCAUCCCAGACUUUUGAGAGAAGACCUGGGAUUCACCACCGCGCCCCCCUCGCCGCUCCGGCUCCAGCCUCCCGCCGCUGCCCCACACGGAGCGGGGGGCACGGGACCCCCCUGGCCGCUCCGGCUCCAGCCUCCCGCCGUGCCCACCGCUGCCCAGGGGGCACGGGACCCCCCUGGCCGCUCCGGCUCCAGCCUCCCGCCGUGCCCACCGCUGCCCAGGGGGCACAGGACCCCCCUGGCCGCUCCGGCUCCAGCCUCCCGCCGCUCCCCAGCGCGGAGCGGGGCGCACGGGACCCCCUCUCCGCCCCGGCUCCCGCCGCUCCCCCACACGGAGCGGGGCCGUCCCGGGCUGCGGGCGCGUCCCCGCCCCCGGCGCGCUCCCGGGCGCGCCCACGUGACCGCUGCCAGAAGUGGGUGAAAGGUCGCGCCGCCGCGGCCCCGCCCCGCGCGUCCCCGGCCGCUCCAGGCCUUUCCACGCGCGCCGGGAAGGCGCUGCCAGACAAAAGUUCCCAGAGAAAAGGACUGCGAGCGGCGAAAGAAGCCAAGCGCACCCCUGAGCGAAUAGGGGGGGCUCAGCUCCUGCAGCCGAGCGAGUUCUAG